AUGGAAGCGGAGGCAGGCGCAGGAGGCGAGCAACAGGCCAAAGCCGAGGAGCCCGUAGACAAAGGUGGCUCGGAGGGCUCAGACUCGGAGUGUUCUCAGGAGAAUGGCGUCAUUGCUGCGGAACAGGGGCGGGAAGAGUCCUUGCCACCGGAACGCAUCGUGCUGGUGGUGAUGAUCUGCGUGAUUCAGGGCUACACUCUCGUAGGCCCCCUGCAGCACGCCUUCAAGCAGUCUCUGCACAUCAGCGAUGACAGUGAGGAUGGGAAGAUAUUCACCCAAGCGGCUGCGCUUGUUCAAUGGUUCAAAUGGAGCAUGACCCUUGCACAGAACUUUGUGCUGCAGUGCCUGUCUCCUAAGGCCCGUGUAUACCUGUCAAUGGCUUGUAUGAUGAUCGGUUGCUUGAUUCCACCCGUCUUCAUCUACUCGCUUGGUCACUUGUGGAUUGGAUGGGCCUUCCUUUCCUUCGGCUUGGUGGGGAUGGGCCUUGGUGUGUUCGAGGUGGCCUAUCUUAACGUGAUUACACCCUUGGGGCCCCUGACGAAGUCAUGGGCAAUCAUCGGCUUCCCGGCAUCCUUCGCCAUCAUCAACGUGAUCGGCUUCACCUUGGUCUCCUUCGGCAUGCCGGUGGCCGUCCUAUUCUGGUACAUUGUUCUCUGUAUGCCUGUGGGGCUCAUCAUCUUCGCGAGGCGGAUCGUCCCCAAGCUGUGCGCGGGAUCUGCAGAUUCCGGGGCGGCGGGGACUGGCCAGGUGCUCAGGAGCAACAAGCAGGCGAAGGUCUGGCAUUCCGUGCGGCGCUGGUAUACCUGGGUGCCGAUCCUGGCCCCGUACAUCUUGGCGCACUUUGUGACCGACUUUGUGAUGGAAGGUGCUCUUCCCGCAAACUUCAACACGUUCAACUCGGACAAGGUGCCGCUUUUUGGACCAACAGACGACCACCUCAUGGACAAGCACCGCUUCUUUGUGGUCUUCUUCAUCUUUGUGGGUCUCAGUGAUAUGGCCAGCCGGCGCUUUGCCUACUGCUUUGCUCUUGAUACCCUCGGCAAGAACAUCGUUGCCCUGUGCUUUGGUGUGACCUGCAGUGCGUUGGGCAUGGGGCUCACCAUCCUUGGCAUUGGUGUUGUGAGUUGGGCCUCUGCUGCCUUGACCUUCUUCGGCCAGGGCUUCAACUACGCCGUGGCGUCGAAGUCGAUCGACAAGUUCAUCCCGCGGGAGCACAACCUUGCUGCCUACUCCCUGUGGAUGUUCAUUGGCAGCGCCGGCGCCAUCGCAGGCAGCACUCUGGUGGAUUACAUCCGGUCCUGGAUCUGUCGUGGGGAGGUCUACGCCCAUCAGUGUUUAGACCAUGUCCACGGGCACUAG